UCUUUAUUCUGAUACAUUUUAUGUGUUUUCUUAUCGUUUUAGCUUUUCUUUACUAAUUAAAUAUAAUAAAUAAUAUUACAAUUUGCAGAAAUUGAUAUACUUUUUUGUAUUUAUGUUACAACAUUUCCUAUUCGUAUUUGUCAGAAUAUACAUAUAAACAUAAUGAAAAGAUUAAAUGUCACUGUAUAUUAAAAUAUUUUUAAUUAAAUUCUAUUUACAUUUUAAUAAUUAUAAAAUCAUAAUUAAAUUUUAUAAAUUUAUAUGUAUUAACUUAUAAAUAUAUGUUAUUUUUAAUUAAAUUUUAAAGAAAAAUAAUUUGUCAUUUUAUUAAUUGUCCAAUUUUUUAUUUUUAUAUAUAAUACGCAAUUUAUGAGAAAAUAAUAAUUUAUUACAAAUACAUUAUUUAUAUGAAAGUUUAUUGUGAUAAAAAGUGUUAUAUUUCUUUGAUGCUAUAAAUAUGAUACAAAUCAAUAGAUAAAAUUAAUUUGUACUAUAUAAACAAGUACAAUAUAAACAAAAUAGAAAAAUAUAACAAAAUGUCCAAAAAACCAGGUACUACUCAAGCAAUGCAUAAGGUUAUAAUGGUUGGAAGUGGAGGCGUUGGAAAAUCUGCUCUCACAUUACAAUUUAUGUAUGAUGAGUUUGUGGAAGAUUAUGAACCUACAAAAGCAGAUUCUUAUAGAAAGAAAGUUGUGUUAGAUGCAGAAGAAGUACAAAUAGAUAUAUUGGAUACUGCAGGACAAGAAGAUUAUGCAGCAAUUCGAGAUAAUUAUUUUCGAAGUGGAGAAGGAUUUCUUUGUGUAUUUUCUAUAACAGAGGAUGAUAGUUUUCAAGCUACGCAAGAAUUUAGGGAACAAAUCCUUAGAGUAAAAAAUGAUGAAAACAUUCCAUUUUUACUAGUGGGAAAUAAAAGUGAUUUACAAGAGAAAAGAAAAGUCGGUUUAAAUGAAGCUCAAGCCAGAGCAGAACAAUGGGGUGUACCAUAUGUAGAAACAAGUGCAAAGACAAAAGAAAAUGUUGAUAAGGUAUUUUUCGACUUGAUGCGUGAAAUAAGAUCGCGCAAGAUUGAAGAUAAAUCAGCAAGCAACGGUCGUGGAAAGGACCGUGCCACAAGGAAGAAAAAGAAGUGCAAAAUUCUAUAGGUAUUUUUUGAUUUAAUGCGUGCAAUAGCUGCACGUAAAGCGCAAGAAAAUCAAGGAGAUGGAAGUGAACGUAAGAAGAAAAGAAAUUGCUGUAUUUUACUCUAACAAAUGUAAAACAAGCUCUUAUAAUGGAACGUUCGACUUCUAAUUGAAAAAACCUGAGUAAGAGAAAUGUAUUUGUAUACAUACAUACAUAUAUACAAAUAUAUAUACAAAUGCAUCAUAUAUACAUAUACAUACAGAAGAAAGUUUUCUGACACUUUACAGUGAAUUGACACUAAAAAUAAAACAAUUGCAUUAAGAAUACAUAAUUUACAUAUUAUUUAAUAAUUAUUAUAGUAAUAAUUGUAAACUUGUACUCUUUUCCAUCAAAAUAUUAAUUGUUUAAUUUGUAAUGCACUGGUGCAUAUAAUUAUAAUUCAUACAUACAACCUUUAAUUUAUGUCAUAUUUUUGUAAUCAUUAAGAAAGAGUAAAAGUUUUAAAUAGUGCACAAAGUUAUAUUAUACAUUAAUACAUUAUUUUUUAAUUUUUCAUUAUCAUUGGAGUGCUGAAAUAUAUAUAGUUAUUCAGUUAAUAUAAAAAAGAAAAAAAAGAGAAAUGCGGAAAAAUUACCCAUAAGAGAAAAAGAUUAUAUGUAUGUAUACAUACAUGUGCAUGUAAUAUAUAUGUUCAUGUAUAUACACAUAUUAUAUAUAUAUUUAUAUAUAUACAUUCAUGUAUCAUGUGUAUAUAUAUAUAUAUAUACAUAUUAUACAUUUAUACUAUGCACAAUAUUUCGUGAUCAUUCAAUAAUAGUUAAUAAAAGAUGUUGCAGGUAUUAUAGAAAUACUGUAAUUAAUUUUAUUUGCAAAUAAAAAAUUAUUAUAUAUUCAUUGUA